GGGCGGCCCGCCGGCGCGCGCGCGGCGCCGGCGCUGGCCCUUGCCGCGUCCGGGCUGGCGGCCGCGCUGGCUCUGGGCCGGGCGCGGCGAGGCCGCCGCGCGGCGGCGCAGCGGACGACCGCGAGGAGAGCCGAGGGCUCCAUGCAGCCGCAGCUUCCAGACGCGGGCAUAGCCAUCAUGGAGAAGAACGACCUGAAGGCGAAGAUGAAGGAGGAGUUCGACAAGGAGAAGUGGUGGCGGGUGCUCCUGCACAACGACGACAUCCACACGUUCGAGUACGUCACCGGGUCCCUGACCAGAACCGUCAAGCACCUGAGUCGGCGCAAGGCCUACAACAUCACGUGGGAGGCCCACAGCUCCGGGAAGGCGACCGUGGCGUGCGUUUGGAAAGCCCUCGCGGAACAGUUUUGCGUCAACCUGCAGCAGCUGGGUCUGACGGUUUCGAUCGCCCCAGACUCCAAGUUCGAGGGCAACAAGGGCGGCAAAUGA